UAAAUAGGGAAUAAAUGUGCUUACUUUUCAUAUUUUAACCAUCAACCGAUUAAACUAAAAGUGGAAAAUAGAAAGUGCGUAUUUCGCAUUUAGUAAAUAUAAUAUUUUAAGUAGUAUUAAUUUUUUAUUAAAAUGAACGUCACACAGAAGCAAAAGGAAGUAAUGCUUCAAUGGAUGAAAUUGAAUCCACAAGUAGCAAGGGGAAGGUUACGUACUAAAGGAGAAAGUCGAAACGAAAUGAAAAAUUAGAAGAUAUGGCACGCACAAUAAAUGCAGAUAACAUUGGUCCAGUAAAAACUGGUGCAGAAUGGUUAAAGACCUGGAAAGAUUGGAAGAUGUACGUUUUAAAAAAAGAGACAAAACGAAGAAAUCAUGGUUUAGGAACGGGUGGAGGAUCGCCAAUAAAGAUAUCUUUCUCUUCUUUAGAAGAAGAUUUAUUAGAAUUUCUGACUCCAGAAUCUGUGGGUUUGUCUAAUAUUCCACAAGGGGGAUUUGAUAUAGCUGAAAAUGUCAUAGAGCUAGAUUUGGAUGAUCUGCAAGAAAAUAAGGAAAACCAAUCGUCACAGAAAAGAUUGUGUAAACAUCUGUUUUUAAACGCUAAUGCAGGAUUGGAAACACGAUCACUGAUACCUCAGACAAUGCAUAUCCAAGAAAAACCAAAGAUACAAUCAUCGUCGCCUAAGAUAAUUCACAUAGAAGAGGAACAAAAAUCAAAGUCGGAAUUAUCACUUCAAAUGAUUAAUAUCCAAAAAGAAAAAUUAGCACUAAAAAAAGAUGAGUUAGAUAUUCAACGGCAAAUUUUGGAAGUGCAGCGAUCAAUACUGGUUGAAUUACAGCAAAUGAGGAAAACAGUGGAUACAUUUGGCCAUUUAGAAUAAUAUCCCACAUUCAUUUAUUAAUAAUCAUUACUUGAAAGUUCCUUUAGGUGAGAUACUAAGAUUUGAAUAGUUUAUCUAUAUGUUAUAUUUUAUAUAUAUGGAAUAUUUUAAAUGUAAUAAGGUAUAUUGAGUUUUUCUUUUUUGUUUUGAUAAUGAGUUUUUUUUGUUUUGGUGAUAAAUUUUUCUUUUUUGUUUUGAUAAUAAAUUUAGUUUAUUAUCGGUGAUAAAAUACUCCUUACCACGUAGUUAUUAAAAAAAACGUCUAAAAAAUUCCUUUUAAAGUUUAUUUAGUUCUAUCUGUAUCACUACAUAAUAAGUUAUCACCGUUUGAUUUAACUUAUUACAAUAAUUUCUUUUUGCAAUAAUUUUGUUGUGAUACAAUUAAACACCAAAUAUGAAUAUUUUAAUAAAGUUUAUAAUAUAUAUGUAGAUUUAUUACAAGAUUUACUAAUUAUAAACAAGACUGAAUGAAGAAUAUAAAGACUUUAUGAUAAAAUUAUUUGUAAAAAAGAUUAGUAAUAUACAUAAUUUAUGUUGAAUAUUAUUUCCUCUAUUUUCUAAGCUACAGUAGCAUUUAAGAAAUAAUAACCAAUAAUAGUAUAAGUGUAUAUUUUAUUGUUAUGUUUAUAUGACCCGGACACAGAGUUUAUACAAUACAUAUAGAAUUAAAAAUAAUAAAGAAUAAAUAUAGUAAAAUUUAUUAUAAGAUUAGGAUAUUUGGAAAUGACUGAAAUAAAAUGUCAAUUUGUAUUACAAAUAUAUACUUAAUUAAAAUACAAAUAUAUGAUACUUUCUCGAA